AUGGAAUUUGAACGAUUGUACAAGUCUAUCCAAAUUGAUGACGAGCAAUAUAAGUACUACGACAUGAACGCACUCAAUGAUUCACGUUACGAUGAAUUACCUAUUUGUAUUCGUUAUUUGCUAGAAGCAGCCAUAAGGAAUUGUGACGGGUUCCUGAUUUGCAAAAGCGAUGUUGAGGCGAUUUUAGACUGGAAGAAUAGUGUAUUGAAAGGAGUUGAGAUACCGUUCAUACCUUCUCGUGUAUUACUUCAAGACUUCACAGGUGUUCCAGCCAUUGUUGAUCUUGCUUCAAUUCGAGAUGCCGUACAGAAACUGGGGUUCAGCCCAGAUUUGGUCAAUCCUGUUUGUCAAGCCGAUCUAGUCAUUGACCACUCUGUGCAAGUUGAUCAUUACGGAAACAGUGACGCAUUGGCAAAAAAUCAAGCACUAGAAUUCCAAAGAAAUGAAGAACGCUUCAAGUUUCUAAAAUGGGGUGCGCAUGCAUUCAAAAAUUUGUCAAUAAUACCACCUGGCUCUGGAAUUGUACAUCAGGUCAAUUUGGAAUAUAUUGCAAAAAUUGUUGCAGUUAGUAAUCACCAAUGUUUGUAUCCAGAUUCCGUUGUUGGGACUGAUUCUCACACUACAAUGAAUAAUGGCUCAGGUGUUCUAGCUUGGGGUGUCGGCGGAAUAGAAGCAGAAGCUGUUAUGCUUGGUCAGCCAAUACAUAUGCUCUUGCCUGAAGUUAUUGGAUACCGAUUAUAUGGAACCCUACCGACCCAUUGCACGAGUACAGAUUUGGUUCUGACGAUUACCAAUAAGCUCCGGUCUUAUGGUGUCGUGGGGAAAUUUAUAGAAUUUUUCGGAUCUGGAGUAGCAAAUUUGAGUAUCGCAGAUAGAGCAACAGUUGCAAAUAUGUGUCCUGAAUAUGGUGCUACUGUCGCAUUCUUUCCAGUUGACGAUUAUACGCUGCGGUAUUUGCGAUGUACUGGACGGGAAGAACAUGCAGUUAAACGAGCAGAAACUUAUCUUAAACAAAAUAAAAUGUUCUUCAGCACCAAACUUCAUGCACAUUAUACAAAGGUACUAGAACUGGAUCUUAGUUCGAUCGUUCCAUGCAUUAGUGGACCGAAAAGGCCACAAGAUACAGUCGCUAUUACAGAAUUGUUUUCCGAUUUUAAGAAGUGUCUUACACAAAAAGUGUCUUUUAAGGGUUUUGGUAUCAAGCCUGAACAGAUCAGCAAAACAGUACAGGUUGAUAUCAGUGGCCAGAAAGCUUUUGUAAGGCAUGGUUCUGUUGUUAUCAGUGCUAUUACUUCGUGCACAAAUACUUCUAAUCCGUCGGUUAUGUUAGCUGCUGGUCUCUUGGCUAAGAAGGCAGUAGAGGCAGGUCUGCAGAUGCCUAUACAUGUAAAGACAAGCUUGUCUCCUGGAUCUGGUGUUGUCACGAAGUAUUUGGAAUGUAGUGGAUUGCUUCCAUAUUUACAGCAACUGGGAUAUCAUGUUACUGGUUAUGGAUGUAUGACUUGUAUUGGUAACAGUGGUGCUUUGCAUCCAGAGAUUACAAAGGCGAUUGAAUUGAAUGACUUGGUUGUUGCUAGUGUUUUGUCCGGUAAUCGAAAUUUUGAGGGACGCAUUCAUUCUCACGUACGAGCAAAUUAUCUCGCGUCACCUCCGCUUGUCAUUGUAUAUGGAUUGGCGGGACGAAUUGAUUUCGAUAUUGAACAUGAUCCGAUUGGUAAAGGGAACAAUGGAAAAGACAUAUAUUUCAAAGAUAUAUGGCCUGCUAGAGCAGAUGUUGCAAAACUGGAAGAAGCUUUCGUGCUUCCACAAUUUUUCAAAGAAGUUUAUGCAAAUAUAAAGCAAGGAAAUGAACAGUGGCAAAAGUUAGCAUCUCCUUUUACAACUCUAUAUCCGUGGGAUGAUCAUUCAACAUACAUAAAGAAAGCGCCUUUUUUUGAAAAUAUGACAUUGAAAAUACCGGCUGAGGAAAAAAUUAGAAAUGCUUAUGUAUUAUUAUACCUUGGUGAUUCAGUAACGACGGAUCACAUAUCUCCUGCUGGGUGCAUUUCUCGUACUAGUCCAGCUGCUAGAUAUUUGAUAUCACGAAACAUUUCUGUUAAUGAUUUUAAUACUUACGGUGCACGUCGCGGUAAUGAUGAAGUGAUGACACGUGGUACGUUUGCAAAUAUACGUCUGGUAAAUAAACUUGCAUCAACAACAGGCCCUAAAACACUGCAUAUACCCUCAGGCUCCGAAUUAGAUAUAUUUGACGCGGCAGAGUAUUAUCAACGUGAAGGUCAUCAAAUUAUUGUGCUGGCUGGUAAGGAAUACGGUUCCGGAUCCUCUCGUGAUUGGGCCGCAAAAGGUCCACAUUUACUGGGUGUGAAAGCCAUCAUUGCAGAAUCUUACGAAAGAAUACAUCGAUCAAAUUUAGUCGGAAUGGGAAUUAUACCACUUCAAUUCUUGGAUGGUCAAAACGCGGAAACAUUAGGACUCUCUGGCAAAGAACAGUUUACAGUCGAAAUACCUGAAAAUCUAGAACCUGGCAUGAUUGCUACAAUCAAGGUCAGUGAUGGAAAAAUUUUCAAAACACAAUGCUGUUUUGACACAGAUGUUGAAAUUGCAUAUUACAAGAACGGAGGCAUUCUCCCUUACGUAAUUAGGAAACUUGUCGAGAAACGUGAUAUGUGA